AUCUAUCUGUCCUUUUUCCUCUGGUGCUAACAGAUCGCAUUGACAUCUGCAUGGGCAAAUUCAGAGUCAGAGCGGAGGCUACUUAAAGGUGUGUAGGUGGAGAAGUUGUGGCAGGAGCAAAGGCAACAGUAAAGAGACAGGCAGCUCAUUUGGGCUGUGCUCUAUCUCUUCUCGAUUUUCUUCUUUCAAUAAGCGCCUGUGGUGGGCUGUUUAGCAGGCCGCGAUUGGGGAGCUUCCCGUGUGGUGCAGCUGAUUCACAUGUACAUGCAGGAGGAUACCUGCGAUUGUCUAUGCGUCAGAGGAACGAGCUAGACGCAACGAGAACGCGAUGGAGGCUGCUGCAAGUAGAUUUUUUGGAUCUACAAUUUCUCGAGAUGGGCCUUUUGGCUCUGAUUCACUCAAGUGUCAACACCAACACGAAUGCUCUCCAGUGGUGCAGUGUCUGAGAGAUUUAGUCAGCAGCGUUCCGAAAUUGAACGGUUCCCGGACCCAUAUCAGCAGCAGCGAGAGCUUGAAGGCGACAAUAUCCAACAAGUCCGUGGCUUUCAAGGACUAUCACGGCGAUGUUAAUGACUACAUUCCUCUGCUCGCAGCUGCAAUCAUCGCGGUCGAUAAGAACAAGCAGCAGCAGGAAGUCAGCUUACGUGAGAGAUCAGCGCAGAUGAAAAGGGGCAGACUUCUGGAGAAUGAUUUGGUCUACCGGCAAAGAUUUGUUAUCAGGUCGUACGAAGUCGGAUUCGACAGAUUGGCUUCAAUUGAAACACUUACAAAUCUCUUCCAGGAGACUGCUCUCAACCAUGUUGGCAUGUCGGACUUUGUUGGUGACGGGCUUGGAACAACACAUGCAAUGAUGCGAAAUGGUCUUAUAUGGGUUGUAACGAGAAUGCAUAUUGAUGUUGAUCGAUAUCCAGUCUGGGGUGACAUUGUUGAGAUCGACUCUUGGAUCCAUGGUGCUGGCAAGAAUUUUAUCCGUCGUGAUUUUAUGGUUCGGGAUUUUACAACUGGAGCGACUGUCUGUCGAGCAACGAGUACCUGGGCGAUGAUGAACAAGAGCACAAGACGCCUUUCCAAAAUUCCAGACGAUGUCUUCGCAGAAAUAUCCCCAUACUUCCUUGACCGGCACGUAAUGGAGGAUGAUGCUUGCCAGAAAAUUGUAAAGCUGGACGACACUGCGAUGUAUGUACAAAAGAAUCUCGUGCCAAGGCUCCAUGACAUGGAUAUGAACCAGCAUGUCAAUAACGUCAAGUAUAUCGGCUGGGUGCUCGAGAGCGUUCCACAGGCACUGCUCGUAGCUCACGAGCUGAUGAGCAUGACGCUCGAGUACCGGAGAGAGUGCGCUGCGUCCGACAUAGUUACGUCUCUGACGAGCCCAGCGCCGAGCGAGUCGAGCGUGGCAGCCAUGAGCAACUUGAAGGAGCUGGGGCCGCCCGACAUUGGCAACCCGGUGAUCACGACCAAGGGAAGCCUCCACUACACCCAUCUCCUGAGAAUGCAGGACAGCGGCUGCGAGAUCCUGCGAGGAAGAACAGUGUGGAGACUGAAGGAGCGAUUCUCUUCCUCAUCUUAGACGCGCCUCCAAUGAUACAAAUAAUCUCUCGAACAAAAG